AUGUUUCAGCAACAUCCAAAUUAUAUUCAAUCAAAUAACAUUUAUUCACAAGAACAACAACAACAACAGCAACAGCAACAACAACAGCAACAUAUUACAAGUACCACCAAAGAUAACAACAACUACAUGAAUUAUAACAACUACAACAACAAUAGUCAUCAUCAUCAUCAUCAUGUCAAUGAAUAUGAUGACUCUGGUAAUAUGGUUAUAGAUAUGAAUGCUUUAGUUCCUAAUCCAGGAUCAACUUCAUACAUUAACUCAUCUUAUGACGAUAACAGCAAUAACAGUAAUGAAAGUGAUCUUGAAAAUUCCGAUAUUAGUGCUCAACAUAGUUUUUCUUCCAUUAAUAAUUCAAUAUUACAAGAUCAGAACAAUAAUUAUUAUUAUGAUGAUGAUUCAACACCAAAAUUAAAUAUGAAUAGUAGAUAUGAAAAUGAUCCAACACCUAUUGUGGAUAACAACGGAUUCGUACACGAACAACAGCAACAACAACAACAACAUCUACAAGUACAAGGACAAGGACAAGGACAGCAGCUACUGACUGCAGGGUUACCUCAACAAGAAUUAAGUUCUAAAUUCAAACGAUUAUCAGUUGCUAUUCUCAAUACAAGAACAUCAGGUGAUUCACAUCAAUUUAUGAAUUCUUUUCAACAGAAUAUAGAACGAGCAAAUAAAUCAUCUUCUGAGGAAUUUACAUCUGGUCGUACUAGUAAAUAUUAUCAAAAGAUUUAUCAAGGACCAGAAAGUAAUGAAUCGAGUGACAAUCAUGGAAAUAAUGCUUAUGCUCAUAGAACAUCUGCAUCUGAUAUUAGUUCAAUCAGCACCGGAGGAUCUAGUAUUCGUAGUAUGGAAUCUCAUGAAGGACUGAGUAACGAAUCUUCAACAGGAUUUACAUUUCUUCCAGCAUCAUACAAUCUUCGUGGAAAUAGACUCUCCCCUGAUAAACAUACUCUGGAUGAAGUUCCUGUUCGAAAAGAUUUAUUAGAAAAAGUUGAUCAUUAUCCCGAUUCAAGAGUUCAUGAAUUAUCCGAACAAGAAAAGAUUAAAUUAUUUAUUGCAACCAAAGGUGAUAUCAAAUUAGCUGAUCAAAAUGGAUUGAAUAUCAUUUAUCAAUCCGAUGAAGAAACUAGAUCAAUGGAAAGUGAAUCCAUGGAUGAAGGUGAACAAAAUGCCGCAAAAGUUGCCAGAGCAGCUUAUGAAAUUGCGUCAGUUGCAGCACAAGAAUUACAAGAAGAAGAUUUAUCAUCAUUAUUUAUUCGUGCAUUACAUCCAUUUGAUUCAGCUACAUUACAAUCUGAAUCGGAUGCUUCUAUUUGUUUAUCAUUUGAAAAGGAUGAUUUAGCAUUUGUUCAUACUAUUGAUGAAUCAGGAUGGGGUGAAGUUACAUUAAUUGAAUCAUUACAACGUGGUUGGAUCCCCAUGAAUUAUUUCAAAAUGGCAAUUGCUGAUGAAGAUGAUUUAGAUGAUGAUGAUGAAUCAAGGAUUCCAAAUUGCAAUUAUUUAAAACCAUUAUUUCAUGCUUGUGGGAAAUUUUUACUUAAUCCUUUAAGUCAUAAAUCUAGAAAAGGACAAUAUACAUUUUCAAUCAAAGUAAUUAAUUCAAUUAGAGAUGGAGUUAGAUUGUUAUUACAAGAAACUGAUUGUUUAUCAAGAUCAAAUGAAAUUGUCACCAAGAAACCAAUUGUUAGAAAAUCAAGAAAAUCUUUAUUGGCCGAUUGGUAUAAUCUUAUGGUUAAAGCUAAUGAAUACAAAGGUACUUCAAAUUUUAAUAAAAUUGAAAUCUUAACAUUAAUGAUUUAUCAAGUUACAAGAAAAGCUGUCAAUUUCUUACAAGUUUGGUCAUCUGAGCGAGAUAACAUCGCACGAGAACAACAUGAAGAAUCUCAAUCACAACCACAAUCUCCAGAACAAAAAGCACGAAAACAUCGUGAUGAUAUGAAUGAUUUCCCCUUAUUAAAAACCCCACCAUUUGCCAAACAAAGAAUAACGGAAAUUAAUGGUAUUCUUUAUUCUUAUUUUGGUUUAAUUUUGGGAAGAUUGGAUUUAAUUGAACAUAAUUCAGUUGGAUGUGAAAUUUUGGAAACUUUAACUCAUCAAAUAAUUCUCCUUCUUCGUGAAUUAUUAUUCAUAUCUAAAUCAGGUUCCGAUUUCUCGUCGGAAAAACCCAAUGAUUUAGAUUCUUCAUUGGAUGGAUUAUUAUCAUUAGUUAGUGAUUUGGUUGGCAGUGUUAAGAAUCUCGUUGCCAGAAAUGUGAAUGAUAUGUCUGUGGCUCGUAAUAGUGGUCAAACAUCAUUUUCAUCUCCUCUGGUUCAUGGAGAUCGUGAUUAUCAAUAUACUCCAGAAGGUGGAGAUUUGAUCCAAAUUGCAUCAAAAAUGGUUAAAGCUAUAAGUUUAACUGUUACUUCAAUUCGAAAAUUAUUAGAAGUCACGGGUGAUUUUAAAUUAAGUUCAGAAAGAUCAUAUCCUGAUUAUUCCAUAAUGAGAAUCGAACCCGAUGAAUUUGUUCGGAAAUGUUCAAUGGGAAUCGCAAGAAAUGAAAAUAUUAAUCAACAAUUAAAUGGAUUCAAUAUUAGUCGAAGAUAUAAAGCCAAUAGAUAUUCUAUGAUUAGAUCAGGUCAAACUGGAGAUUUGGGCUUCACCGAAGGUGGUGCAAGUAUUUUACAACAUAUUAUGACAAUUGACGAAGAUGAUGAAAAUAGUGGAUCUAUUUCUCCAUUUAAUGUGUUUUCUGCCGAAUUUGAACCAUUUACUACGGAUAAGGAAUUGGAAACUAAUAUCAAUGAUGAAUUAUUAGUUGAUAGUUCAGGGAAUUUGUUGGGUGCUUCAUUUAAAGGAUUGGUUUAUACUUUGACUAAUGAAGAUUCUCCACCGGAAUAUUUCUUUGUAUCGACUUUUUUCAUUUGUUUUAGAAGCUUCGCUUCCGGGAUAGAUUUCGUGGAAGGAUUGAUUUCUCGAUUUGAUAUUGAAACGAAACCAUCAGAUGUAAGUCAAGAAAUGAAAUUGAAAAAGAGAAGAAGAUUAAUUGUUAAGAUGUUCCAAUUAUGGAUGGAAUCUUAUUGGAAUCAUGAUGCUGAUUAUAAUUUGUUAACCACUUUAAUCAAUUUCUUUAAUGAGGGUGUUAGUUUAUUAUUACCAUUGGAUGGAUUACGAUUAAUUGAAAUCGCGGCAAAAUUGUCUUCUAAACCAUUGGUGGAAAACAAACCAAGAAAACCAAGAAAUAACAAACAAUUAGUUGAAAGAAGUAUUGCCGUCAUCAAACCAAAUAAAAAGAAUGUUACUGAUCAUCAUUAUAUAAAUCCAAAUAGAUUUUCUGUGGUUGAUGGUUAUGAAUUAUCAAAAAUCAAUACUAAUUCUUCGACUUCAAGCUCAAUAAAAUCCAUGUCAUUGCCAAUGCCUUUAGGUGUUGGAAAUCAAACAUCUAAUUCUGGUUCACUUUUAACUAAAACUCAAUUAGUCACUAUUGAAAAAGCCAAUCUUACUUAUCGUUCCAUUGUGGGUAAUAGUUGGUGUUUGCCGAGAUAUAUUGAUAAUUCUAAAUAUAUCCCAUUGGAAUUGGUUAGUAUUUUACCUAAUUGGUAUACUAUUUGUGAACAAAGUUGGGUUUUAUCAAAUUAUAGACCUAAUUUAUUAGAUUUUAAUGGGUUGGAGAUUGCUAAACAAUUAACAAUUAUUGAAUCCCAGAUUUUCUGUUCUAUUAGACCCGAAGAAUUAUUGAAUCAAAAUUUCACAGCUAAGAGAGCUCAUUUGAAAUUAGCUCCAAAUGUCAGACAAUCAUUAUUGUUUACUAAUUGUCUUUCUGGUUAUGUGCUUGAAUCUAUUCUUCAACCUAAGAUCACCCAGAAAUUAAGAGUUAAUAUGGUUAAGACUUGGUUAAAGGUGGCAAUUUCCUGUCUUUAUUUAAGAAACUUCAAUUCUCUUGCUGCUAUUAUCACGGCAUUACAAUCUCAUUUAGUCACCAGAUUAUCUAAAUUAUGGGAUAAUUUAUCGGAAAAGUAUACUGAAUUAUAUGAUUAUUUAUCCAGAAUUGUUCAUCCAGAUAAGAAUUAUCUUAUUUAUAGAAACAAAUUGAGAAAUUUUUUGAUUUCAAAUGAUUAUAAUAUUCCAAUUGUACCUUAUUUUUCAUUAUUUUUACAAGAUUUAACAUUUGUAACUGAAGGAAAUCCAAAUUAUAGAAAGGCAAAUACAUUUUUAAAUCAAAAAUUAAUUAAUAUCGAUAAACAUUUAAAACUUUGUCGAGUAAUUGCUGAUAUUGAAACCUUACAAGUUUCCUAUUUGGAUUCCAAUGCAAAGAAACAAGUUGAAAAUAGAAGACACAGUUUAUUAUCAUUAUCAAGAACAAAUCUGGAAGAUAGUACCAACAACAAUAACAACAAUACCGUGGGGUUGAGUGAUUUCUUUGUGGCUCCAGUUCCCGCAUUACAAGAAUUGAUUUUGUUUGAAUUAUGGAAGGUUUGUCAGUUGAAUAAGACUGAAGAAGACAGGGCUUGGAAUUUGAGUUGUCUGAUCCAGCCUAGAGAUUCUGCUUAG